GUCCACUGUGCAGGCACACAUGCAAAGAAGCUGUACGCUAAAAUUAAGAUGAUUAUUAGAUAUCAAAUUUUCCUGCUUGUGUGACAUCAAAGCUGUUAAAGUUGCCGUGCAGAGAAAAGGAUUAAACAGCAUAUGACUCAACGCUGGCAUGGAAGACUUGUCAAGAUAUUGGGGAAUCGACAGGAUCUUGUUUCUCAUAUGCUGCAUUGUCUCUAUAUCUUUACAAGCAGAAGCGAACAGCACUUCCAGGAUGGUGGGGAGCACAGUGACCCUGCACUGUACCAGUAACACAACCGGUGACCUCCUUCAACUGACAUGGGGAAGGAAUGGGACUUGUCUUUUUAGUUUCAGGCCACAGAAAACCUCAAACAGCAGCUCUGUCACCUUAAGCAAGUCUCCUGCUGCUGCCACCCUGAAUCUGAUCAUGUCCACCUUAGAAAGCCAAUCAUAUGCACUAAUCAUAGAGAGCGCCCAGAAAAGUCACACAGGAAACUACACUUGUGCAAUGACCACAGACUCUGGAGUCUUUGAACUGAAAUGGGAGCUUGUGAUUAUAGAGAACGCUGAAGCUGAAAGUUCGAAUAAAAUCAGCAAAGUUACAACAAUUGCAAUUAUUGUACCUUCGCUAUGUUUCCUGAUCUUUAUAUUAACUGCUGUGAUCAUUCUCAGAGGAGUCUGCAAACGACGUUCACAAACAAUCACCCAGCCUCCUAGAAGGUUGGUAAGUAUGCGGGAGCCGACACAACCCACUUAUGAAAACCUGGAUUUUGAAGGUCGCCAGCAAUGUGGACAAAUUCAGGUUCACCCUUAUAAAUACAGGGCUGAGUGAUAUGAAUCGCACAGUAAAAAAAGGCAUAACUCUUUUAAACGAUCAUCCACUUUAAACAGCUUUCUCCCUGAGUGUGUUGUAAUGAAGAGCACAAUCUGUACUUGAAGAUGCAUUAUUUUUUCUCUGGGUAACUGAAAACCAGUC